GUCCUAUAGCUUUAUUUUUUUUUGUCGCCCUACAAUCGCACCCUUACUGCGACCGUUGCUUAAAGAUUGUGGCCCCCGCGGGGCCCUACAUAGCUUAAAGGGAAUCUAAACCUGCUACGGAAAGAUGAAUCUAGAACUGCUAGAAUCUUUUGGGCAGAAUUACCCAGAGGAGGCAGAUGGCACCUUGGACUGCAUUAGCAUGGCCCUUACUUGCACCUUCAACAGAUGGGGCACUCUGCUUGCUGUGGGUUGCAAUGAUGGACGUAUUGUUAUCUGGGAUUUCCUUACAAGAGGUAUUGCUAAGAUCAUCAGCGCCCACAUCCACCCAGUGUGCUCUCUUUGCUGGAGCAGAGAUGGGCACAAGCUAGUUAGUGCCUCAACAGAUAACAUGGUUUCCUUGUGGGAUGUUUUGUCAGGAGACUGUGACCAGCGCUUCAGAUUCCCUUCCCCAAUCCUUAAAGUCCAGUUUCACCCCAGAGAUCAAAACAGAGUUCUAGUGUGCCCCAUGAAAUCUGCACCUGUCAUGUUAACGCUGUCAGACUCCAGCCAUGUGGUCCUUCCUGUGGAUGAUGAUUCUGACCUCAAUGUUGUAGCAUCCUUUGAUCGACGAGGAGAUUAUAUAUACACAGGGAAUGCAAAGGGAAAGAUCCUGGUUUUGAAGACAAACACUCAGGACUUGGUGGCAUCUUUUAGAGUUACAACCGGCACCAGCAACACCACCGCUAUAAAGUCCAUAGAAUUUGCACGAAAGGGGAGCUGUUUUCUGAUAAACACAGCAGACCGAAUAAUUCGAGUUUAUGAUGGACGGGAGAUACUGACAUGUGGGCGGGAUGGUGAGCCAGAACCCAUGCAAAAACUCCAGGAUUUGGUGAACAGGACACCUUGGAAGAAGUGCUGCUUCUCGGGUGAUGGAGAGUACAUAGUGGCUGGCUCUGCGCGACAGCAUGCAUUAUAUAUUUGGGAAAAGAGUAUUGGCAAUCUAGUGAAAAUCCUACAUGGAACUCGUGGGGAGUUGCUUUUAGAUGUUGCUUGGCAUCCAGUCCGCCCGAUUAUUGCUUCAAUCUCCAGUGGUGUGGUCUCAAUUUGGGCUCAGAAUCAAGUGGAAAACUGGAGUGCAUUUGCCCCUGACUUCAAAGAACUGGAUGAGAAUGUGGAGUAUGAAGAGAGAGAGUCUGAAUUUGACAUAGAGGAUGAAGACAAGAGUGAACCUGAACAGACCGGAGGUGAUGCUGCAGAGGAUGAAGAGGUAGAUGUUACCAGUGUGGACCCAAUUGCAGUAUUUUGCAGCAGUGAUGAUGAGCUUGAAGAUACCAAAGCAUUACUGUACCUACCCAUUGCCCCUGAGGUGGAGGACCCAGAAGAGAAUCCCUAUGGGCCACCUCCUGAUGCUGUACAAAUGUCACUGAGUGAAGAUGGAGUUGGGACAGAAAAGAAAAGGCAGGCCUCCUCUGAUGGUGUUCAGCCCCCUAAAAAGAAGCCUAAAACCACAACAAUUGAGAUCCAAGGAGUACCUAAUGAUGAAGUUCAUCCAUUGCUGGGCGUGAAAGGGGACAGUAAAUCAAAGAAGAAACAAUCGGGCCGGCCAAAAGGAGCUAAAGGAGACACAGGAAACAUUGGGACCUACAAAACUAGUCCGCACUCAAAGGCAAGGGAGGGAGGAAACAUGAGAACAGAAGGCUGCUAGAGUAAACCAUCUCAAGAAACCACAGCCUGGAGAAUCUUAUGCCAUUUUGUUUCAGUAGAAGAAAAAUCAAAAUGAUAGAAUUUGGUAAGCAAAUGAAUAGAAAAUCAUGUGGAACCCUUUAACAGCUGAUCUGCAAAAGCAUCAUUCCUUCAUGCCCAGGAAGCACUGAGAGCACUGGUAGAAUGAACCCUGACCUCUCUUAAGGGAUGCUUAGAAAGAGCCAUGUAUGCUUUUAAGUAUAUACUUUUAAGACCGUCUUGAGAGAGAUGGUUUAAUAUAAUGACUCUUUAAGUCAUCGGUGCCCUAACAUCCAGGGAAUGCCACUGCUUUACCACAUUUGGCAUAAAGGAACUGAAGGCAACUGCACUUUGCAUAAGAAGAAUUACCUUCAAUUCCAGUACAUGUAUAGACAGCCUGGACUCUCAGACCAACUGCCCUGGGUGAACCUUUGGGCAAAGAGAAUCACCUAUAUGACCAAAUCCCCAAUACUUUCAAGCAGAGUUUACCUACAGCAACCUUCAAUGAAAAAGUUUCUAGGUCAUACUUUUGAUUACUGUCUGUCUCUCUAAUGACAAAAUCACCUGAGAAAUGGACCAACCUGACGGGAAAAGAAGACUUCUUUCAACGCAAGCGCUCCAGUGAUGCUACAGAGAUCUCCAUAUGUUUUUGCGUCUUCUGAAAUGAGUCUGCCUUCACCAAUAUGUUGCCUAAAUAUAGGAUAAUUGGUAACCCCUGAAUAUGUAAUACUGCUGUUAUUGACAGCAUAAUUUUAUUUAAUGUGAAUUAAAGGUACCUGUAGAGUCCUGGCUAAAUAUUAAUGGGCAGGUAUCCGUUCUUGAUGUCUAGGGAUGCCAGAAACUCCCCAUCGCCCAUCAAAGAUCUGAGCUGAAGGGACUAAAAACACCACCCCUUAAAGGAUGAGGCUCCAUACUAUCUCAAAAAAUGUUUUCCUUUUUUGUUUCUUUUGGAGGAUCCCUGGAAAGAGGCAAUUUGGUGAAAUAGGUUGGUUUUGCUUCUAAUAAGGAUUAAUUAUAUCUUAGUU